GUUGGUAGAGAGAUGCAGUCGUCUCAUCAUGAACGGAGCGCAAGCGGCGCAGAUGUGGAUGCAAAACCCAAACGAAUUUGAGAAGCCCGACCGAGAGGUCAUGGCUGCGAGCAUCGAUCUGCUCAGCGGCAUCGUGGCCGGGCUGCGGGAAAAUGUCAGCGAGGUCUUGCAGCAACAGAACUUCCUCUCUGUGGUGCCGGAGGUCCUGAAAGACACGGCCCUACAGGUAAAGCAGAGCGCUUUUGCGCUGGCGGGAGAUUCAGCGAAGCAUUGCAUUCAGUAUUUGGCACCGUUUUUGCCACAGUUAUUGCCCCAAUGUGCAAAGGCUCUUCGGGAGAAUAGCUCCGCGACGGUCAGCAAUAAUGCGUCUUGGGCCGUCGGUGAGAUUUGCAUCAAGGUGGGUAGUGACUUUAUGUCCAAGUAUUUGGAUGAGAUCGUCGAUGCGUUGGUGUCGACCUUGAGGUCGGCACAACCGAGUCACAGACAGGCGCUGCUGAUGCAGAACGUUUGCAUCACGUUGGGACGUCUGGGUGUUGUGUGUGGACAGCAGAUGGGCAAGAAAUUUGGGGACUUUGCCCAAGUUUGGUGCAUCAUCAUGAAGGAUGUGCGAAUCGACGGAGAGAAGAUGACAGCUUUCCAGGGCUUCGUGAAUAUGGUCAAUGCGAAUCCGCAGGUGGCCCUCACCUACCCUGUGGAGUUUUCAGGCGCCAUCGCCUCCCUUUGUCCACCACCGCCGCAGCUCCAUCAGCCCCUGCAGCAGAUCCUGUCAGGCUACAAGCAGGUGCCUCUGACCGACACGGGGACAUGGCCAGCGAUGGAGAAGUGUCGUGUCCGCGAACGGCGAACGCCAGACACCACAGUGGCCUCAGACCUGGCAAAAGUUACCCCAAGACGUGCAGAUGAUCCUGUCGCACGUGUAUUCGGGACUGGAGCCCUGAGAGGCACCGUCACGUGA